GGCAAGUGACGUGCCUUAAAAUCCGAGUCAAGCUAGGCCUGACGACCCAAUCGGCGAUGAUAACCAGCUAAUCACCCAGCGUGUGCAGCCAGCGCUGCAGAGAUCGAAAACAAGUAUGAUCUGCCGGCCUAGACCGCGUAGACUCUUGUACUCAUAUGUCCUGUUCCUCGCCCCAGCCCUGGAUUCCCAUGAGAAUUUCGCCGUCCCGGGUCUCAGGUCGCCUCUUGACAGGCACGCGCUCGUGGGGUGUGGUAUGACGUCACGCGGAUCUUCCUUCUCUCAGCACGCUUCUUCCUACCACCUGCUUUCGCUUUGAGACACGCCGAGCGCGUUCGCCUGCAUCUGCGCCAUGGAGAACCUUGACAAGUUGUCUGCGACGGGUCUGCCAGUGUUUGAUCUUAAUGCGGAGAACCUGUGGCGCAAGGACUGGACUCAAACAGCCAUCGGCGCGCGCGAGUCGUGGCCCGUUGCAUUGACAUGUCUCGUCAACACGUGCGUGCUGCCCAUGCCCCACUGCAGCGCCAUCUUUUGGGGCCAGGACCUGGUAGUUAUACACAACCUCGCCUGGGAGAAGGCACGGGGUGGUCUUGAUGGCCAGGCCACCCUCGCGCGCGACAGCUACGGCCAUGAGGCGCUCGGCACGCUACGAACGGUGCUGAGAGGGCGAACGGUCAAGGUGGCCGCUAGGUAUUUCCUCAAGGACUUCGCCGAAGACCAUGACACGCAGCUUCUCAUCAGUACCAUCUUAGACGAGGGUGGCACACGACAGGGCGUAUUGGCCCAACUGCUCGAGAACCGGCCCGUAGACCACUACAUGCCCAUCGAGGGAAUUGAUGAACUAUCGCGCCAGAAUCCAGGGAGGAAAGUCAAAGACAAUGAGUCUCAGCAGAAGGGCAAGCACAACAGUAAAACCAAGCAGGCAGAUUCCAUGCAGACCAACAUGUUCCAGCGCUUCGCCGAGCUACUGCCCAAUGGUUUGGCCAUUCUCGACCAGGACGCCGAAGCCAUCUUUGUGAAUGACGGCUUCUUCAAGCUGACCACGAACAAGGGCAACAACGAGUUUCGAUCGUGGCCGGAGAGCAUCCAUCCCGAUGACUACGAAGACGUCAUGGCUGCAUAUCGCAAGGCAUUCGAAAGCCGCACAGAGCUGCAGAUAGAGUUUAGAUGCGAUGUCGCUGAGCCUGAGGAAAUGAAGUCCAAGGGAGAGCAGUGGAGACUUUUUUUGCUAAAGCCUCUAAGUGAGGAGGCUGAUGCUGGUUUUAUUAGCGCCGUUAUCGACAUCACCGAUAUCAAACAUGCCCAAUUAACCCAAGAGAAAGCUGCGAAUGAUGCCAAAGAGCGCAAGGAGCAACAGGAGAGGUUUAUUGACAUGGUUUCCCAUGAGAUUCGUAAUCCUCUUUCUGCCGUCCUGCAUUUAGCUGAAGAAGUGAGAGAGAUUACCAAAGAAAUCGGGGCGCAACACGAAGACCUCCACGACCAGGUGGCCGAUAUCUUGGACGCUGCCGACACUAUACUACUUUGUGUCUCACACCAGAACACUCUUGUAGACGACAUCCUAUCUUUUUCUAAGCUCGACUCUAUGAUGUUGUCCUUAGUACCCCGACCAACAAGACCCAAAUGGGAGUUUUCUCAAGCACUACGAGUCUUUCAUUCGGAGUUCAAAGCCAAGAAUAUCAAGUUCCACUACGCCAUGGACGUUUCAUAUGAAGAACAGAAAAUUGAUCAUGUCGUAGCCGAUCUGAACCGCAUGAAGCAAGUACUGGUCAACUUGAUAACCAACGCCAUUAAGUUUACUUCCAAGAAGAAUGGCGACAGGAACAUCACUGUAUCACUGGGUGCAUCCGUCAAGCGUCCUACCUCUUACCCUCCAAACGUCAUCUAUUUCAGUGAAGAGAAAGAGGCUUUCCACCUUGAUUCUACAAUGACAUCGGAAUGGGGCUCCGGGGCCGCCAUGUACUUGAUGGUAGCCGUCAAAGACACUGGCAUAGGCAUCAGCAAAGAGGGUCAGGCCAAAUUGUUCGAGCGCUUUAGACAAGCGACGCCCAAGACACAGGAGAGAUACGGUGGUUCAGGCCUUGGUCUAUUCAUCUCACGCAAAUUGUGUACACUACAUGGUGGAGACAUUGGCGUGAGUUCAAAGGAAGGAGAAGGCUCAACAUUCGGCUUCUUCUUCAAAGUACGUCGCGCGGUCGACGGAAAUGAUGAGGGGCGACCGUUGAUACAAUCUCGAAGCAACUCGGAAUCUUCAAACACUUCCUCUCGCCCAGCAGAGUCUGGAUCGCGGCCGUCUCGUCCACCCAUCAGUCGUGCGAACUCGAAUCUCUCAAGCAUCAAGGAACGGAAGAACGAGCGUCCAGAAGCGAAGACGCUUGCAAGUCAUGGCGGUGUGGAUACUGAGGAUGUCGAUCCUUCACUCAAGCAUCCACCAGUAGAGAAUCAUCCAGAGGCGCAUCCGGAUUCAAACGAAGAUGCACGCUAUAAAGAGACGGAAAAGGCUACCGAGAAUAUAGAUACCGUAAAACCAGAGAUGGAAAGGAAACUACCCGACCUAAGGAGAGGUGAGACGUCACGCCAGGAAGACGAUGCUAAAGAAGUUACGAGAUCUCAGAGCGAUAAACGCAACGAAGACACACAUACCCUUCUCCUCGUCGAAGACAACCUUAUCAAUCAAAAAGUGCUGCGGCGACAGCUCCAAUCCCGUGGAUUCCAAGUGUUUACUGCAAACAACGGACAGGAAGCCAUCGACGCGGUCGCCGAGCGUGGACAAUUGGCGGACAACGGCCCCAACGAUCGCAAUUACUUCGACUGCAUACUCAUGGACCAGGAAAUGCCUAUAAAAGAUGGCAAUGCGGCGACACAAGAGAUCAGGCAAUUACAGGAUGAGGGCAAGGCUGGAUAUAGUCACAUCCUCGGUGUAUCUGCGAACGUACGGGAAGCGCAGACUAACAGCAUGCGUGCAGCCGGCAUGGAUGACGUCAUCUCCAAGCCAUUCAAGGUCGACGAUCUGGUAAAGAAAGUUCGUGGGUUGGUGCUCAACGGCGGUGGUGGUUCAAAGCAUGACAACCGGCCGAAUGGUGUCUCAGAUACAGGGCAGGGAGACAAGAGCGGGAGUCAGAAAAAUAAGAGUGACAACCAGAAAAACAAGGGCGCCAGCCAAGAAGAGAAGGGUGGUCUUCAUCCACAAGCCGCUGAACGACGCGAUAAAGACGGCCAUUCGGAUAACGAAAGAGAGAACCUUGAUCGAGGUGGCGAAAGGUCGAGAUCGCGAGCCAAUAUAAGAGAAGGAUCCUCGACGAACCAACCAAAGUCGCGCGCCACGAUAACCGAAGGAUCCUCGACGGACCAGCAAAAUUCAUGAGUACUAUAGCGUCCUGGCGUGCCUAAGGUACUUGUAUACCCGGAUUUGGGUUGCACGAUGUUGUUCUCUGCGGAUUUCCAGGCUCAGGAUUGCAUUUGCACGGUGUUUUGGAUUCGGUGAUCUGGACUCAAACGUAUGGAAUGACUGGAUGAGAAACGAACAUACGGAUUGAAUCGUAUUUAUAGAAGGAAUUGAGCGUUCUGCGGGGAUGGCGGGAGAGGCGGAAGAGAGGUGGUGGCAGGCAUCUCUGUAGCUGCGUCGCUUGUUAUCCGCUCCCUUUGGGGAUUCCGCUAAGGUUGAUGAGACAUGAUGUUUGCGCAUUUAUAAAGGGACUGAGCGUUCAAGUUACCUCUUGAAGUAUCUCUGAAUUAGAAUUCUACACUAUUGUUUCGGGUAGAUGCAAUGCCAGUGAUGCCCAGCAUGAAAAUCCCCUAAACUGAACAACAAGAUUUACUCACCAGGCGCCAAUUCAGG